UACCAGUAUUAAAUAAAAAUUCAAAAGCAAACAUGGCGCGUGUUGGAAGUGUUUCUUUUAUGUUAAGUUUUUUCCUUUAUUCUUCAUUGUUAUUAUGUUUUUUCACAAGCAAGGCUAGUGCAAAUAUUGAGCUAGAUGAAGACAAUUGGAGACAAAUUUUAGAAGGUGAAUGGAUGGUUGAAUUCCAUGCUCCAUGGUGCCCAGCAUGCAAUGCAUUAUCCUCAGCAUGGAAGGAGCUGUCAAAUAAGGCACAGAGCAAGAAAUUUUCCAUGAAAGCUGCUGCAGUGGAUGUGACAAAGUCACCUGGCCUAAGUGGUAGAUUUGUUGUGACUGCUCUGCCAACAAUAUUUCAUGUAAAAGACGGUGAAUUCCGUCAAUACAAGGGUCCUCGUGACGCAAGCUCAAUGUUGGAAUAUGUGGAGAAAGCUCGUUGGAAGCAAACGGAAGCUGUGCCUUCCUGGAAGGCCCCCGAUUCAAUACAGAUGGGUGUAGUUGCUCACUUCUUUAAACUCAGCCAGGCUUUGAGAAGUGUACACAAUAUGUUGAUGGAAACAUAUGGUCUACCAACUUGGGGAUCAUACCUUAUUUUUGCUAUUGCCACAAUAUUUAUUGGAGCGUUGCUGGGAUUGAUUCUCGUAUGUGUUAUCGACCUCUUAUACCCCCCACGGCGGUCUGACAAAGUGUUUAUAUCUCGAGCUGAAGCUGAUAAGAGAGGGGAGGAGAAAAAGUCGGAAGAUGACCUGAUAAAUGAUGAUAUCGUGGAUGAAGCUGAGAACGCAGAUAGUGAUGCCGAGAAAAAUUCACCCAGUGAUACGUCGGACGACGACAAAGACAAGGAUAUGGGCGCGGGGGAAGGUCAGUCGGGGGAGGGGAAAGGGGACAAACAGGAGGUGCGCAAGCGCAAGUCAAGGAAGGCUGACUAAAUUACUUUUCAGUGCACAAAUGAUUAUUCAUAAACAUAGGUUUCCAACGUUAAGUCUAUUAAAUAUGAUCAUUAUUUAAGUGAUUGAAGGUACAAUGUAUGUUUAUGAAUAUGACCAUAAGUAUUAUUGCCAUUUUACAUUAUUUUAUCAUGAAUUUUGGUCCACUUUGUGAACCUUUUUGAUUGUGUAAAGAUUUUUUAUAUGAGGUUUAGAAAAAUGGCUUUUGUGACCGUGUAGUAAUAUUGGCCAGUUAGUUACACUUCUAUUAUAUAGUUAUGAGUACUUGAAGUAAAUAAAUGCUGAUUCUGAAUUUGUCAAAACUCAAAAAGAAUUUCUAAAUUUUCACAACUGAUGUGGGCCGAUAAGAGCAUGAAGAAAACUACAUUUACAGAAUGUUAAAUGGCAAUGUACACUUAAGGGUUAAUAUUCUAAGUAGGACCUUAGCACUAAGUAUGAAACCAGCAUGUCAAAUACAAUAAGUUUUUGUCAUACGGCAGUCAUACUUUGCUAAGUCUUGACUCAGAAUUUUCCCUUCAGAUGAUGCAGGCAACUUUAAUAUUUAUGAUACAAUCUCAAUAACUUGGAUUUUCUCACUUUUUUGUCUUUAAGACUGAUUUAUAUUUACUUUUUCAUCUGAUAUUUUGUAUCUCCUGUCAUUGUACAUGUAUUACUAUCAGAUUGAAACCACAAAACUAAAAUGUUUCUAAUGUUUUUUGAGCAUUGAAAAUUCUUUCAUAAGUAAUUGCCUAAAUCUAAUCAUAUAUAUUUAAAAUAUUCUUAUACUGGUGACAUGUAGGUGAAUUAAUGGUCUGAAAGUAAGGCUAAUUAUUAAAAAAGUCUUUGAUAAGCUCAGUUCCAUACAAAUCUAUGGAGAGCUUUUGUGGGAUGAACAAUUGUCUUUAGUAUGAUUUUCACAUAAUAUCUGUCUGUUUUAUGUAAUGUGUAAUGUUUUGUUUUAAAACUACUUGUUACCCAUAAACUUUAACAUAGAAUAUAUUUUUUAUUGUAAUCGAUUUUUAUUGACACGUUGCGCUCAAUCAACAUUGCAUUUAACCAUAAUAUAAUAAAAUAAUUUUCAGUAUAUUUGUAAUUUGAAAAUAACUGAGAUUAACUUAUCGUUUUAAUUGUAUUAAAUUUGACUAUUUGCAAGUUCCUGGUUUGCAUUUGGACGUGUUUUCACUUUAGCACCAAAACGUAGUUAAGGUUGUGCACUUAGUAUUAUUACUUUAGGUUUGUUUUCACUUUCGACUUGGUUUCUGAGAUGGAUGAAGUUGUGAAUUAAAAUUUGGUGUGUUAAUUUUAUUAAUGUAUAAUACCAAUAGCACGUGAAAUUUAAAUGUUUUAUACUUGACAGUGUAUCAAAUAAAUCACGUAUACCACUUGGAAACCCAAGUUCAUGUUCUUUUGGGUAAAAUCUUUUAAUAUUCUGAAAUUAUUCUAAUCUAAUUGACAUACACAUUCCUAAGUAUAGCAACUGUACUUAUUGUAAAUUACAAAUAUCUGCUAACAUAACUGGCCGUAUUUUUGACUCAGUAGGGCUGAUGAAUUAUACGUAAAUAACGCUAAUGUAGAACGCAUAUUAUGAGGCGAAAAGCAGAAAUACGAUUUUGUUCUAAGAUUUUAAAUAUAAAUAGAUCAUUAUUUUUGCUUCUCGUCAAAAAUUGCCUUGUAAAAACUUUACGAUUGCGUAAGUGUUGCAACUAACUUGUGACUUGCUAAUAAAUUGUAUUUAUAA